AUGCACGCGGUGACAGACCGGUCCCAUCUGGAGAGCCUGGACUUCAGGAAGCUGCGACCGGAGAGCGGGGUGUGGGAGCAGCUGCAGCGGUCUCAGAGCGAAAGGAUGACGUCCCGGCAGUCGAUAGGCAGCUGGCUCCACAAGAUAUGGUUCAAGGCCAACGUGUUCCUGGCGCUGAACAUGCUCGACGUAUGGGAGCAGGUGCUGGUGUGGCUCCUGCUGCUCGCAGUGGCCUCGGCCUUCCUCCUCGCCGUGUACAAGAACGUCAACUACCUCGCCGGGUGGCUCGAAGAAGCGAGCAGGCGGUGGCCGCUGCUGCGGCAGCACAUCGUCAACGGCUCGGGCUCGUGGAUGGAUGAGCUGCGAGGUCUGCCGGCGCGACAGGCUGUGGUGGGCGGCGCCGUGGCGGCCGCCGUCGUCGCGCUGGCUGCGCAGCUGCUCCGCUACGCCAUAGCGUAA